AUGCAAAAAGAAGAUAAUAAUAAUAAUAAUAACAAUAAUAGCAAUAAUAAUAAUAACAAUAAUAACAAUAAUAAUAACUACAAUAAUUAUAAUAACCAUAAUAACAAUGAAAUGAAUAACAAUAAUAAUUAUUAUAAAAAUAAUAACAACUAUUAUGAUAGAAAUAAUAAUAUUCAAAGGUAUAAUAAUAAUAGGGAUUAUAGAGAAAAUAGAGGCAGCAACUAUGUAAAUAAUAAUUAUAGAAACAAUAAUUUUAAUAGAAAUAAUAACAGAGGUAUCGAUAGAGAGAGAAUAAGAGAUGAUAGCUCAAGAACAAAUAAUAACAAUAGCUAUAGAGAUCGCGAUAGAGAAAGAGAAACAUUUAUUGGUGAUGAAAAUUUUAAUAAUAAUAAUAAUAAUAAUAACAAUAACAACAACUAUAAUUCAACAAAUAGUCGGGAAAGAAAGACCAAAGUUGAUUGGGAGGUUUCAGACUCACCAUUAAAAAGGAGAAAACAAGAUGAUGAAGACUUUGAAGAUAAACACAUGCCUUAUCAACAGCAACAACAGCAACAACAGCAACAACAACAACAACAAUAUAAUAAAAGAAAUUAUAAUAGAUCAAGAUCACCCUCUCCAAAUUUACAUAGACAACAAAGCCUAUCGCCCUCGAGAAAUCAAUAUUAUAAUAAAAAUAGACUCUCACAAUCAAACUCACCCCCACAUUUAGAAAGAAGCAAUAGUAAUAGUAGUUUAAAUAGUAGUGGGGGUUUUAAAGAUAAUAGUACCGAAAAAAAUGAAUCUUAUAAUAGUAAUAAUAUGAAUACGAUUAACAAUAGUAAUAUUAAUGAAAAUACCACAAACUCUACAAAUAUCAAUACACCCAAACUACCAGUAACACCAAUGUUAGAAGUUGCAAUUAACCAACUAGCCAACUCAUCUCUAAUCACUUCAAAUCCGAAUACACCAAGUGUUAAUAAAGAAAAUUCCAAUAUUAAAAUGGAAAGUUUAAAUUUAAACAAUAAUGAUAAAUCAACUGAUAACCCACAAUCAAUUGAUAAUGAAUCGACCAAUAAAACAGAUCCACAAUCAAAAUCUAUGAAUCCCUUAUUUUUCGGUUGGGGUAAAGGUUUGGCAUCAGUAGCUAAAGAUCCAAAUCAAUCAAAUGAACAACAGAGUGAACAAAGUGAACAAACUAAUGAACAAGAACAACAAACAAAUGAACAAUCAACUAAUGAAGAAAACUCAGAGUCAAAACCAAAAUCAACAGAAAUAAUUAAUGAAAAUAUUAAUUAUAAUAAUGAAAACCACAGUUCUCCAAUAUUAAACCAACCUUCAUCAUCACCAACCAUACCAGAAGUUAACCUAACAUUAGACUCCACUACUAAUUUAAUGCCAUCUCUUUCAUUAUCAUCACCACAAAUCCAGCCAGUCUCACCAACAAUACCCCAGUUUCGUAAUAAUCACUCAGGAGGGCCGUCAUUGAUGUCAAAUUUACAAAAAUCACCACCUUUAACAAGUACCAGCGAUUAUGGUAACCAACAACAAUAUUAUAACCAACAGCAACAACAACAACAACAACAACAACAAUAUCAGGAACAUCAAAAUCAACAACAACAAUAUCAACAACAGCAAUAUCAGCAACAACAACAAUUCCAGAAUCAAAAAAACUCAUUAAUUCAAUCACAUGAAGCAUCAAUGACACAAUAUGAAAAUGAAAUUGAAAUUGCAAAAAAUCAAUUGAAUAAAAUUAAUGAAAAAUUAGAAAAAUAUAAAUCCAAAGAAGAAGGAUUGAACCAAAAAAUAAAAGAAAGAGAAAUAAAACAACAAGAAGAGGAAUUAGAGCAACAAGAAAAAGAAAAAAAAGAAUUAAAGAGAAAACAAUUACAACAAGAGAAAAAAGAAAAACAAAAACAACAAAUUGUACCAACAAUCAAACAAAUUUUUGGCGAUGCUGAACAAGACAUCUACGAAGAGAAUAGAGAUUUAGCGAAAUUUUCACACUCUAAAAUAUUUUUUCAAAAAUGUUUCAAGGUGUUUGAUCCAACCAACAACAACAUAAAUGUAAAAACCAACGAAAAAAAUAGAGACCACUCUGACUCUAUGCCUAUAAGAGAGAUGAUUUGUAGCGAUGUAACAGAUUUCCCUAUAUAUUAUGAAAAUAUGAAAGAGCACGAAGAUAUUAAAGGCAACAUGAAAAAAAUUCUACGAAAGAGACAAAAACAACUAAAGAGAUAUAACGAUAAACAGGUCAAAAUGUACAACUCUGCAAUUAGCACAUUCAAAAAGAAACUCGAUAAAUUAGAUGAAAAGUAUGAUUUAGAGCAACAACAACAAGAACAAAAGCAAUUACAAUUACAACAACAAGCUUUACAACAAAAACAAAGAAAAUCUGGUACCUCCACUCGUCCAGAUUUAAGAACCAAUACUUCAACCUCAAGAAAUGUUUUGACUCGUCGUAGCAAUAUUUCAGAUAUAGUGCCAGAUGAUGAACUAUUCAAUGUUAUACAGCAACUCAAUAAGCAGGAUGCUCAAGAAGACCCACUUGGUAGAUAUCAACAAAUGAUGGCUACUAUUCCACCAAUGCUCUCACCAUACGAAAGAAAUAUACACUAUUAUAACUUUAAUGGCUUUAUAGUUGAUCCUAUUGCCUCUGAAAAACAAAGAAAAUCCCUCAUUGUUUGGACCGAUGAAGAAAAACAGAAAUUUGUAAAGAAAUACCUUCAAUAUCCAAAAAAGUUCUCCAAAAUAGCCUCAUUCUUUGAAAAUAGAACCACCGAAGAAAUGAUCGUUUUCUAUUACAACAAUAAAAAAACUUUAAACCUUAAACAAAUGCUAUUAGAGUCGCAAACAAAGAAACGUGGUAGAAAAUCAACUCCAUUCGAUCCAAUGAACUAUUUAGCAUCUGAUAAAGCAGCAACCAACUUUUUAGGUAUAAAUUCGAGCACCAGUCAAAGCAAUAAUGUUGUAAAUUCACCAAUAUUAACACCAAAAGGUAGAGCUGGAAGAGUUGCAAAAAAGCCUGCUGGUUCUAUAAAUACAACAACAACAACACCAGCAUUAAAUGAAUAUUUAGAGUCACCACUUUUAUCACAAACAUCAAUUCCAACUACACCAAGAUUAACUGCAAGAGAACAAAUGAUAAUUGCAACCAACAUUAGCAUAUGGACUGAUCAAGAAAGGGAACUAUUCAAUAUAGCAGCAAAUAAAUUUGGUUCUGAUUUUAAAUCAAUUGCAGAUUACAUUUCAACUAAAAGUGUGAGUCAAUGUAGAAGUUAUUAUUAUAAUUCAAAAAGAAAACAAUCGAUUUCAAAUUCAACCUCUUCGUCAUCAAAUAAUUUAUUACCAAUACCAAAAAUAGAAAGAGAAAGAGAAAAAGACAAAGACAAAGAUAAAAAGAAUUAA